GGCUUAGAGAGGGGGAGCAGGCCCAAUCGGUGACAAGUCAAGUGAUGAGAACUAGCAUGCCAGACAGACGGCCAGUGGAACCCAAGCAACACUUAGCACCAUAACCUGUCCUCUCUCUUCGCCCCAGUACACUCUAGGGGGCCUGUUGCAGGGACAGGUAAGUUGGUGGUGUGACUGACGCAGGCGACCAGCGCAGGCAAAGGGUGUAAGUCCUUUCCUGCCAGAACGUCAUCAUCUCCAGUCACCCUUUACACUGGCACUGGCACUUGACAUCUGCACCUGUUCAUUGAAAUAUCAUGUUUAACCCCAACCUGGAAUACCAAAGUGGAUAAUUUUGUUGGAUUAAUACAGCACUAUUGACGAUCAGAAGUCUCAUUUUUAGAAAAUUGAAAAAUUAUUAGUGUUCAAGACACAUAAGCUGAAAAAUACCAAGUGCUAAAGGUUACUUACUGCAAUAACAUCUAUAAACUAACAUCUUGAUCAUUGUACUCUGGCAUUUCUAUACAUAACAUGUGUAAAUGAGGCUGCUGGCAGUUACUCGGAAGGCUUGCCAUAAUUAUAAAUGACGAAUUAAUUUGCUCCUCAAAAUCUGACUGUUUCAUCUGGUAUGGAAGAUUUCAAGGAUUCACGUCGGAACAGUUCUAGGGGAAACAGUUUGAAUGAAGAUCCUAAAAUUCAGACGAGAGAUGAAGACAUAAAUAUCUCAAGGCCUUCCCAAAAAGAGUCAAACACAGGAUCUUUUGAUAAUGGAAUUCCUAGCAUUCAGAUUUACGAUGCCAGCGAUGACGAUGGAAGGAAGAAUCGUCCAGAGUCACUCAUGAGAAGAAAAUCUAGUACAGGGUCCAUGAAAAGAAAAGAAAUGAUGAGGACAAUAAUCAAGCAAAGGACGAGAAGCAACUGGACCAAGAGGACAAUUCUUCAGCUGGGUAUCUACUUCCUGACCUUGAGGAAUACAUGAAUACACCGAGAAGAAGUUCAAAGGGUGAUGAUAAACAAGAAAGCCCUAUCCGCACCCCUGUCACUCAGAUAAGUAACAGAUCACCACGAGGAUCUAUCAGUGCUUUUUCCACGAGCACGGAGCGUCGCAGGUCAGUUAAUGAUAUAUCGUUCAAUAUUCAGCCUCGCAAAUCGAUUACUGAGAUGACUCCUAAGAUGCAGAAACAGAUAGCAAAAUUCGAAAAUUCUUAUCCUGAAGAAGAGAUUGGAGAAGCAGCCCAGAUUAGAGUGGAAACUAAUCGUCGAAGCUCCCGGAAUAUAGACGAUGUUUCUGAUUAUAGAAGACGAAGAUCAUCAACAAAAGAUGAGGGUUUUGACCUGACUCGACGAAGGUCCUCAACGAGAGAUGAAGCUCUAGAUCUUAACCGACGAAGGUCAUCAACUAGGGACGAAAUUAUUGAUCCUAAUCGACGAUCAUUAAAUAGAGACGAGACAUUUUAUCCUCAGCAACGAAGGUCAUCAACUAAAGAUGAGAUUCUUGAGCCUAAUAGACGAAGAUCAUCAACAAAAGACGAAGAUAUAGAUCUUAAUCGACGAAAAUCAUCUACUAGAGACGAGAAUUUUUAUCCUAACCAGAGAAUGUCAUCAAUGAGAGACCAAGUUCCUAACCCUGGCCGAAAGUCAUCAACAAGAAAUGAACCUGAUUCGAAUAGCAGGAAAUUAUCAACUGAUUACGAAAGUGUUUAUUUGGACCAACACAAGUCAUCAACCAGAAAUGACAGUGUUGAUGAGGAUGACACAAGGAUAUCAACUGAAAGAAGAAAAUCGUCAACAAGAGAUGAUGUUCUAGUCUAUGGUCGUCGAAAGUCUUCAGCUGGAGGUGACAUUGUCUACAUUGAUCAGAGGAGACUUUCGUCAAAGGAAAAUUUACCAGGUAUGGAACGUCGCCCUUCACUUAAAGAAAAGGUGACUACUAUUGAAAAGAACUGGAUUAUCAGUGAGAACAUUGAUGCUCUUGAGCGUCGUUUGUCAAACCAGAAUCCUGAAGUUGAGCCUGAAUCAGAAGGUAAAGCAUCUGAGACUCCUGAGGUACCUGUAAUACAAGUGCGGAGAUUCAGUGAUCUAGUUGAUGAAGAUUAUAUUAAUGUAGAUGAUGAGGAAUUAGAGGAACAGUUCCGUAAAUCCAUGACACCAUAUUUGAAAUACCGUAAAUCAGUUUCAGAUCUAGAACCUUAUCUUCAACACCAGGAAGAAAUAACUAAAAUGACACCUGAGAUAAAAACAAUGAUGGAAGUUAAUGAGAUGAGUUCAGAAAACGAAUUUGGAGAAUCUGUAAACAAUAGAUCUCCACCUCUUUUGUCUGAAAAUCUCACAGAAGAUAGAAGUCCCCAAGAAACAGCUGAUGAUUCAAAGCUCAAUGAAGAAACACUUAAUUAUUUGGUUCGACGGUUCAGUAGUCAGCCAAUCCCUGACCACAAAUCUCUGCAACCUGAUAUUAUUCCAUGGGAUGGUGACAACUCUCAUGAUGUUUCACCAGAUACCAAAGAAAAUGAUAACAAUGUACUUAAGGAAGUAAUGACACUACCUCGUAGAAGGUCUUCAAUAGUAUUAGAGGAAAGGUGGUCUAAAAGAAACUCACAAGCAGAACAAGAAAGUUCUCCAUUUAAGAAGCCUACAGAAGAUCUUGAAAGUUUAUCAUCCAUAGAUACUUCACCUCACAUUGAAGAUAGCUUGCUUACUGCAAGUUCGUCAAUAGGACAUGAUUCAUAUGCAGAGCAGGGUGCCCGCUCACCAAGGGGUUCAUCAACAGGACAGGAAUCCCACUCACCGAGAGGAUCUUACUUGUCACCUGAUGAGCUAGAAGUACCAAUAAGGGAAGACCAAAGACGAAAAUCACUAACUACCACAUUCUUUGAUUUUGUUGUACGUCGGCUCAGUGCACAAGUAGACGAGGGGAUAGAUAUCAUGCCACAAGAAAAUGAUACUGACGACAGUGAAAGGGAAGAACAGAGAGGAGAAACAGUGGUUAGAGGGAUGAAUAAUCAUAGGAAUGGGUAUAAAGAAGAGCAGGAUUCGGAUCACUGGAUGGAACCGAAAGUAGAAAAGCAAAAAUCACUAAAUGAUGAUUCAAGACGUAGGUCAACAGAAUUUAAGAAACGCUCUUCAGGAAGCCCAUCAGCAGGACUUGAGGCACGUUCACCAAGAGGCUCAUCAGCAGGACUUGACGCACGUUCACCAAGGAGCUCAUCAGCAGGACUUGAUGCACGUUCACCAAGGGGCUCAUCAGCAGGACUGGAUUCUUAUUCACCUUGGGAGUCAUUAGCAGGAAUUGAAACUGUUUCACCUAGGGCCUCUUCAGCAGGACUCGAGACACGUUCUCCAAGGAGGUCUUCAGCAGGGCUUGAGGCUGUUUCACCAAGAAGCUCAUCAGCAGGAGUGGAAAUUCGUUCACCUAAAAGCUCAUCACCAGACCUAGAAACUCAUUCAUCAAGAGGUUUCUCAGCAGAACUUGAGGCACGUUCACCUAGGGGAUCAACAGCAGGACUUGAGGCACGUUCACUUAGAGGAUCAACAGCAGGACUUGAGGCACGUUCACCUAGAGGAUCAACAGCAGGACUUGAGACACGUUCACCUAGAGGAUCAACAGCAGGACUUGAGGCACGUUCACCUAGGGGAUCAGCAGGACUUGAGACACGUUCACCAAGGGGAUCAUCAGCAGGACUUGAGGCACGUUCACCAAGGGGAUCAUCAGCAGGACUUGAGGCACGUUCACCUAGAGACUCGCCAGCAGAACUUGAGGCACGUUCACCUAGAGGCUCAUUAGCAGGAAUAGAGACUCGUUCACCUAGGGACUCAGCAGCAGAACUUGAGGCACGUUCACCUCGGGGAUCGUCAGCAGGACUUGAGGCACGUUCAUCUAGGGGCUCGUCAGCAGGACUUGACGCACGUUCACCAAGGGGCUCAUCAGCAGGACUUCAUGCACGUUCACCAAGGGGAUCAUCAGCAGGACUUGAGGCACGUUCACCAAGAGGCUCAUCAGCAGAAUUUGAUGCACGUUCACCAAGGGGCUCAUCAGCAGGACUUGAUGCACGUUCACCAAGGGGCUCAUCAGCAGGACUGGACUCUUAUUCACCUUGGGAGUCAUUAGCAGGAAUUGAAACUGUUUCACCUAGGGCCUCUUCAACAGGACUCGAGACACGUUCUCCAAGGAGCUCUUCAGCAGGGCUUGAGGCUGUUUCACCAAGAGGCUCAUCAGCAGGAGUGGAAAUUCGUUCACCUAGAAGCUCAUCACCAGACCUAGAGACUCAUUCAUCAAGAGGUUUCUCAGCAGAACUUGAGGCACGUUCACCUAGGGGAUCAACAGCAGGACUUGAGGCACGUUCACCUAGAGGAUCAACAGCAGGACUUGAGGUACGUUCACCUAGGGGAUCAGCAGGACUUGAGGCACGUUCACCAAGGGGAUCAUCAGCAGGACUUGAGGCACGUUCACCAAGGGGAUCAUCAGCAGGACUUGAGGCACGUUCACCUAGAGACUCGCCAGCAGAACUUGAGGCACGUUCACCUAGAGGCUCAUUAGCAGGAAUAGAGACUCGUUCACCUAGGGACUCAGCAGCAGAACUUGAGGCACGUUCACCUCGGGGAUCGUCAGCAGGACUUGAGGCACGUUCAUCUAGGGGCUCGUCAGCAGGACUUCAGGUACGUUCACCUAGGGCCUCAUCAGCAGGAAUAGAGACUCGUUCACCUAGGGGCUCGUCAGCAGGACUGGAGACUCAUUCACCUAGGGGCUCGUCAGCAGGACUGGAGACUCGUUCACCUAGGGACUCGUUAGCAGGACUGGAGACUCGUUCACCUAGGAGAUCGUCAGCAGGACUGGAGACUCGUUCACCUAGGGAUCGUCAGCAGGACUGGAGACUCGUCCACCUAGGGACUCGUCAGCAGGACUGGAGACUCUUUCAUCUACGGAUUCGUCAGCAGAACUGGAGACUUGGUCACCUAGGGGCUCAUCAGCAGGACUGGAAACUCGUUCACCUAGGGGCUCAUCAGCAGGACUGGAAACUCAUUCACCUAGGGACUCAUCAGCAGGAAUGGAGACUCGUUCACCAAGGAGCUCAUCAGCAGGAAUUGAGGCACGUUCACGAACGGGCUCAUCAGCAGGUCAGACUCGUUAGCAGGAAUAGAGACUUUUCACCUAGGGACUCGCCAGCAGAACUUGAGGCACGUUCACCUCGGGGAUCGUCAGCGGGACUUGAGGCACGUUCACCUAGGGACUCGCCAGCAGAACUUGGGGCACGUUCUCCAAGGGGCUCGUCAGCAGGACUUGAAGCACGUUCAUCUAGGGCCUCAUCAGCAGGAAUAGAGACUCAUUCACCAAGGAGCUCAUCAGUAGGACUGGAGCCUUGGUCACCUAGGGUCUCGUCAGCAGGAUUGGACACUCGUUCACCUAGAGACUCGUCAGCAGGACUGGAGACUCGUUCACUUAGAAGCGCGUCAGCAGGAGUGGAGACUCGUUCACCUAGGGGCUCAUCAGCCGGAUUGGAGACUCGUUCACCUAGGGGUUCAUCAGCAGGACUGGAGACUCGUCCACCUAGGGACUCGUCAGCAGGACUGGAGAUUCAUUCACCUACGGACUCGUCAGCAGGACUGGAGACUCGUUCACCUAGGGGCUCAUCAGCAGGACUGGAGAUUCGUUCACCUAGGGGCUCAACAGCAGGACUGGAGACUCGUUCACCUAGGGGCUCAUCAGUAGAACUGGAGAAUCGUUCGCCUAGGGACUCGUCAGCAGGACUUGAGACACAUUCAGCAAGGGGCUCGUCAGCAGGACUUGAAGCACGUUCACCAAGGAGCUCAUCAGCAGGACUUGAUGCACGUUCACCAAGGGGCUCAUCAGCAGGACUGGACUCUCAUUCACCUUGGAAGUCAUCAGCAGGACUUGAAGCUGUUUCACCUAGGGCCUCUUCAGCAGGACUUGAGAAACGUUCUCCAAGGAGCUCUUCAGCAGGGCUUGAGGCUGUUUCAACAAGAAGCUCAUCAGCAGGAGUGGAAAUUCGUUCACCUAGAAGCUCAUCAGCAGAAAUAGAGACUCAUUUACCUAGUGGUUUCUCAGCAGGACUUGAGGUACGUUCACCUAGGGGAUCAACAGCAGGACUUGAGGCACGUUCACCGAGGGGCUCAACAGCAGGACUUGAGACACAUUCACCAAGGAGCUCAUCAACAGGACUUGAGGCACGUUCACCUAGGGGCUCAUCAUCAGGACUGGACUCUCAUUCACCUUGGGAGACAUCAGCAGGACUUGAAGCUGUUUCACCUAGGGGCUCAUCAGCAGGACUUGAGACACGUUCUCCUAGGGACUCGCCAGCAGAACUUGAGGCACGUUCAUUUCCGGGUUCAUCAGCAGGAUUUGAGGCACGUUCACCUAGGAGCUCGUCAGUAGGAUUGGAGACUAGUUCACCUUGGGGCUCGUCAGAAGGACUGGAGAUUCGUUCACCUACGGACUCUUCAGCAGGACUGGAGGCUCGUUCACCUAGGGGCUCGUCAGCAGGACUGGAGACUCGUUCACCUAGGGGCUCGUCAGCAGGACUGGAGACUCGUUCACCUAGGGGAUCGUCAGCAGGACUGGAGACUAGUUCAAAUAGGGGCUCGUCAGCAGGACUUGAGGCCCGUUCACCUCGGGGCUCAUCAGCAGGACUUCAGGCACGUUCAUCUUGGGGCUCAUCAGCAGGACUUGAGGCACGUUCACCUAGGGGCUCUUCAACAGGAAUAGAGACUCGUUCACCUAGGGGAUCGUCAGAUGGACUGGAGACUCGUUCACCUAGGGACUCAUCAGCAGGACUUGAGACACCUUCACCAAGGGGCUCAUCGGCAGGACUUGAGACUCGUUCACCUAGAGGAUCGUCAGCAGGACUGGAGACUCGUUCACCUAGGGGGUCAUCAGCAGGACUUGAGGCACAUUCACCAUGGGGCUCAUCAGCAGGUCUGGAAGACCAUUCAGAAAGGCGUUCAUCAGGUUUGACAGAAAUUUACUCAUCUUCUCAAGGAAGAACAGAUGAUCUGUUGUCUGUGCCACAGGAAAUACCAUUAAGUAGGGAACCUCGGAAAUCCAUAGGCAUGGAAAUGUUCAAUUAUUUGGUGCGUCGUUUUAGUGGUAUGGAACCACCUCCUGAUAAUCUUGUUGAGAAAAGUUAUGACAAAGGAACUAAAGAUAUUGCAGCAGGUAAAGAUUUUUUAAAAGCAUCAUCUACUGAAAAUAUUGGAACUAUGAAGGACAAUGAACAAUUCAGCUCUCUCAUUGAUGAAGAAUUGCAGGUCUCUGAUGAUUCUGAUUCUGACCUUGAAAUGACAUGGACUGUUAAUGAACCUAAGGAAGAAGGAGAAAAUCAAGAGGAUGAAAAGUAUUAUUCAGACAUCAGUGAAGGAGAAGAAAAGCUUUCUCUGGAGCUGCUGGAUUCUCAUGAACAAAGACAGAGAUCGAUUGGGAGAUCUCAGGAUGGGUUAAAUUCAAGAAAAGUUAAAGUCUCUGACAUCAAGGAAGCAACAGAUUCCUUCAAUAUUUCACAAGGAGAAAUAUUAAACCUCUCAACUAGAAGUUCGUCAGCGUUGCUUGAGCCUCAUCAACCAAGAGCUUCAUCAGCAGAACUUGAAGCAAAUUCAUCUAGAAGUUCAUCAGCAGAACUUGAAGAAAUAUCACCAAAGUGUUCAUCAGAAGGACUUGAGACACAUUCACCUAGGGGCUCGUCAGCAGGACUUGAGGCACGUUCACCUAGGGGCUCAUCAGCAGGACUUGAGGUACGUUCACCUAGAGUCUCGUCAGCAGGACUUGAGCCACAUUCACCAAGGGGAUCAUCAGCAGGACUUGAGGCACGCCCACCUAGGGGCUCAUCAACAGGACUUGAGGCACGCUCACCUAGGGGUUCAUCAGCAGGACUUGAAGCAUGUUCACCUAAGGGCUCGUCAGCAGGACUUGAGGCAGGUUCACCUAUGGGAUCAUCAGCAGGACUUGAGGCACGCUCACUUAGGGGCUCGUCAACAGGACUUGAGACACGUUCACCUAGGGGCUCGUCACCAGGACUUGAGGCACGUUCACCAAGGGGAUCAUCAGCAGGACUUGAGGCACGCUCACCUAGGGGCUCGUCCACAGGACUUGAGGCACGCUCACCUAGGGGCUCAUCAGCAGGACUUGAGGCACGUUCACCAAGGGAUCAUCAGCAGGACUUGAGGCACGCUCACCUAGGGGCUCGUCAACAGGACUUGAGGCACGUUCACCAAGGGUCUCAUCAGCAGGACUUGAGGCACGUUCACCAAGGGGAUCAUCAGCAGGAUUUGAGGCACGUUCACCUAGGGGCUCGUCAGCAGGAUUUGAGGCACGUUCACCUAGGGGCUCUUCAGCAGGACUGGAGACUCGUUCCCGUAGGAGCUCGUCAGCAGGACUGGAGACUCAUUCACCUAGGGACUCGCCAGCAGAACUGGAGACUCGUUCACCUAGGGGCUCGUCAGCAGGACUGGAGAUUCGUUCACGUAGGGACUCGUCAGCAGGAUUUCCGGCACGUUCACCUAGGAGCUCGUCAGCAGGAUUGGAGACUAGUUCACCUUGGGGCUCAUCAGGGUCUGGAGACUCGUUCACCUAAGGACUCGUCAGCAGGAUCUGAGAUUCGUUCACCUAGGGGCUCGUUAGCAGGACUGGAGACUCGUUCACCUAGGGGCUCGUCAGCAGGACUGGAGACUCGUUCACCUAGGGGAUCGUCAGCAGGACUGGAGACUAGUUCACCUAGGGGUUCGUCAGCAGGACUUGAGGCACGUUCACCUAGGGGGUCGUCAGCAGGACUUGAGGCACAUUCACCAUGGGGCUCAUCAGCAGGUCUGGAAGACCAUUCAGAAAGGCGUUCAUCAAGUUUGACAGAAAUUUACUCAUCUUCUCAAGGAAGAACAGAUGAUCUGUUGUCUGUACCACAGGAAAUACCAGUAAGUAGGGAACCUCGAAAAUCCAUAGGCAUGGAAAUGUUCAAUUAUUUGGUGCGUCGUUUCAGUGGUAUGGAACCACCUCCUGAUGAUCUUGUUGAGAAAAGUUAUGACAAAGGUACUAAAGAUACUGCAGCAGUUAAAGAUUUUUCAAAGGAAACAUCUACUGAAGAUACUGAAACUAUAGAGAAUAUUGUCUUGUCUCAUAGUGAUGAAGAAAUACAAGUCUCAGAUGAGUCUGGUUCUGAACUUGAAAUGACAUGGACAGUCAAUGAAGCAGAGCACGAAGAAUUGCUUCCAUCUACUAAUAAACUGCAACAUUCUGUAAGUGGAAGUUCUGAAACAGAUGAUGGCAUGCUGCCUGAUCAUUUUGGAUCUCUCAUUUCAGAACAACCUGAACAUGAGAGAGAUGGACCCCUUAGGUCUAUUGGCUCAGGCUUGUUGAACACUUUGCGUCGGUUGAGUGGUGCUGGACAAGAAGACAACAUAAAAGGGGAACAAUACCUAAAGGACGACAGGUCUAGUCCCUAUCUGCAGUCACAAAGGGGAUCUAGAGGUAGCUCUAAGUCUAUACCUCAUAGUGAUAUUAAGUCAGAUGGAAAACUCCGUAGAUCAAGUAUAAGAUCAGAAGAAAUAGAGAUGGACAGUGAAGAAUUAAAAUCAGAUACUGAAGACUUUAGCGACAUGUGGGUCAUAAAGAAAAUAAAUGGGAUUGCUCCACCAGGAGUCACCAAUCUUACCACUGAAAGGGAUUUGGAAGAAUUGAUAACUGAAUAUUACCAACUGGAUCUUGAGACAGGAGAUUUGUAUUGCUAUGAGAUGCCGGGUGUUUACUCAGUUCUGUGUCACCACUUCUUCACCACUUUGGGUGGAGAGGACUUCGAUGUGAUAGACUUGGAACUGAACCCUGUUUCUCAGGAUUCAGUGAAGGCCAUCGACAAGGAAGAUUCCCUACCACUUAAAUCUUUAGGGAGACAACUGAUGGAUUCUGUCAAUCAUCUGGAAGUUUCUAGAGGGUGGGCUACAAUGGAAAGCUUCAGCCAGGGCAAGAAAAAAUCUGUUGAAGACGUAACCGCCGUCACAUUUUGUGGAUGUGGCUUCCUAGGUGUUUAUUUAGUGGGUGCAGCGACUUACAUGCAGCAGCAUACACCCAAGAUUCUAAGAGGGCGCCUGGGAGGCUCGUCUGUGGGAUCCCUGAUAGCCACUUGUCUGGUGUGUGAUGUGCCCCUUGAGGUGGUGCGGAAGUCCAUCAUCGAGACAGCAAAGGCAUCGCGAGAAUACAUUUUAGGAGCGUUUAAUCCCUUCUUCCCUCUUGAAGAACCGUUACUGAGAAGCUUGCUUGAGCUGCUCCCAGAAGACGCCCACAUCCGGGCUUCUGGCAGACUGUACCUCUCCCUUACUCGCGCCACCACCCUAACCAAUGAGGUGGUUUCUCAGUACGACUCACGAGACGAACUGCUUCGUGCCGUGUUGUGCUGUUGUUUCUUACCGGGAGUGUCUGGCUUCACUGUCCCCACUUUUCAAGGUCGCAAAUACAUAGACGGUGGCAUGAGCAACAACAUGCCUCUUAAAGGUCCCUUCACCAUCAGUGUCAACGCUUUUGCUGGAGGGUUUGACAUCUGCCCUGAGGAGCCAAACAGCUAUGGACCUACCUCGGCCUUCAAUCAGACAAUAGAGAUGUCCGCUGAUAACCUUCGAAAGUUCUUUGAGGCGCUAUUGCCACCAACUGAUCUUGACGCUUAUUAUGCUCAAGGUUAUGACGAUGCAAAGAAAUAUUUUUCCAGUCAAUAGGAUUUAGGAAGGUUAAGACAACACUGAUCGAGUCAGUGGCAGAAGCUUAUAAAAUUUUACAGAAAUGCAGCUUCCGGGCAUUUCAACUUCUUUAAUCACGUACACUAAUCGUUUGACGCUUUAUCAUUUGAAGCAGUAGGUUAAGCCUCAACAAAUUAAUAUACUAGUAUAUUUUGCACCUUUUUGCAGUAAUGAAAGAUAACGCUUAUUUAAAUUAAGCAUACACAAAAAUAUCUCGAAAGGGUUUACUUGACUAAUUUCUAUUGCUAGGCUUUCUAGAAUAUGAAGUGAAAGGAAGUUAUAAUUAUCUCUAAUCAUAAUUACGAUAUCUUACGUGAAGUUUCUCAACUAAGUAUUUGAUAUAGCAUGACAACACUGGACUCAUUCAUGCUCUAUUUGAAGAGAGAGAGAGAGAGAGAGAGAGAGAGAGAGAGAGAGAGAGAGAGAGAGAGAGAGAGAGAGAGAGAGAGAAUGCUCUAAUAAUUAUACUUUUCAAUUAUUGUAAGCAACUGCCCCAAAUAAAAUAUAACACCUUCAUAGUGCAGUAAAUCAACUCAAGAACAAACCAUUUUAGCUCAAUCACCUAACUAGAUAUAUCAGGAAAUUUAAAUAUUCUGGAUAUAUUGUGUACAAAGAAGUAAAUGUUGAUAUAUUAAUCUACACCUCUUCCAUCAAUAAAUAAUCUUUGAACUUACA